AUGGAGAGCAAAGAUGAGAAGUCGAUGUUCUAUGAUAAUGCAACCAUAAUCAUAGGUAUCGCUAUAGCUGUUGGAGCAGUCGUAGGUCUAGCAUCGUGGCUUUGUUCGAGCUCGAAAGAGAAGAUGAUGAAGGCUCCUGGAAAAGAUGGUUACAUUCCCAGGAAUGCUUUCAAAAACAACCCAAAAGGCUACUUCAAGGAUUUACGUAAGAAAUGA